CCCCAAAUCAAUUCCCCAUGGAGUAGUACUAGUAUAUAUGAAUGGCUCCCAUCCCACCGUGAUCCCCAUCCACCAAUCCAAUUCCUCCCUUCCUACCUCCGUCCGCCCAAUUCCUCUGCUGCCUUGCGCCGUCUCAACUCUGCUAAAAUCCAUCUCGUCUCAUCCCCUCCCCUCCCCUCCCGACGGCCUGGCCUGGCCUUAUCCCCACCGCGCACGCAUCUCCCGCGCGCCACACAUUCCUGCGGCCACACAGAUUUCUUUGGAUUCUUCCGCCGCCCAGCCCUGCCCAGCUGCUGCCUUUGCCUUGUGUGGUGUGCGCCGCCGCCGCGCCUGCUCCCCUUUGGUUUAUACUACUAGACAGGACGGACCUCCUUGGCCGCUCAACUCCAGCCAGGGGCGGCCCUGCCCUGCCCUCUUCUCCACGCACUAGCCACCCGCCUCAUCCCUACACAACCACACCCACGGGGCAGGACCGGACGACCCAAUCUUAGACCUUCUGCGCGCGCAAGUUCGGAUCUUGCAACAUGUCGGUGCUCGCCGACCUGCUGGCCGAGGUCUUCCGGGAGCCCACCUUGGCCGGGGUGGCCAGGGAGCUGGCCACCCUCGCCGCGCCGCUCUGGCUCGCCGCAAUCGUCGGCCUGCUCAUCGGAUGGGCCUGGCGCCCGCGCUGGGCCGCAGCCGUCGUCGACGUCGCCGCCACCGCCCAACACCAACCAGUACCCGUGGCCGCGCCGCAGGCGCCUGCACAGGCCACCACCGCCGCCGCGGAAUCGGCCGUCGUCGUCGUCGACCCCAGAGCCACCACGAUUUCUGAGCCGGCGGAGGACGAUGAAUUGGCCGUCAACACCCCGGACCUCAUGCACCUCCGCAGGGUCGUCGAGGAGAAGGACGGCGGCCCCGCAUGGACGCACAUGAUGGACCGCACCUUGCCAACAUUCCGCUACCAGGCAUGGAAGAGAGAACCCGAGAACGGCCCGCCGCAGUACCGCAGCAGCACCAUCUUCGAAGACGCGUCGCCGGAUGUCGUCAGGGAUUUCUUCUGGGACGAUGACUUCCGGAUCAAGAACACCUGGGACGACAUGCUUCUUAAGCACGAGACGCUGGAGGAGUGCACAGAGACUGGAACGAUGGUUGUUCGCUGGGUCAGGAAGUUUCCAUUCUUCUGCAGCGACAGGGAGUAUGUCAUCGGUCGCAGGAUAUGGGCAUCUGGAAAGACCUACUACUGCGUUACAAAGAGCGUGCCUCGCCCCUCUGUUCCAAGGUGCAGCAAACCUCGCCGUGUGGACCUCUACUACUCUAGCUGGUGCAUCCGUCCAGUUGAAUCAAGAAACGGUGAUGGUGCAAUGACGGCAUGUGAGGUGCUCCUGUUUCACCACGAAGACAUGGGUAUCCCAUGGAGCAUCGCGAAGCUCGGCGUGCAGCAGGGCAUGUGGGGCUGCGUCAAACGGAUUGAGCCUGGCCUCCGUGCAUACCAGACCGCCAGGGCUGCCGGCGAACCCAUCUCGAAAUUCGCAGCGAUGGCACACGCCAACACAAAGUUUGUCGCCGGCGAGCUCACUGCUUCGGAAAACAACGACGAGGCCGGUUCGACCAGUAACAACGCCCAAGCCGAGAAGCCAAAGCACUGGACGGGCAACCUACCCAAAGUCUUCGUGAUAGGCAGCGUGGUCGCCCUGGCUUGCACCUUCGACAAGGGGCUACUGACCAAGGCUCUCGUGUUCGGAACGGCAAGAAGGUUUGCAGGACCAGGAAGAAGAUAGGAACCAAACAUCCGCGCCUAUCACCGCAAUGCCAUGCACAUUCAUUCUGAUGCACAACCGAGCGACGCUAUCCGGUAUUAUCUUUGGUCCUGAGACGCUCGCGCUUGCAGAUGAGGACAUAGGGACGAGGUUUGCUCGUGGUAGAAAGCAUCUGUAAGCAGGCUUGUGUACAUACUGCUGUAGCUGCAGUCUGUGAAGCUGAGAGCUGAUUAGGACAUAGAACCAUGGUGAUAAUGAGACUGAUUGGAUUGUUGGAUGCUGAGACAUAACCAUCAUCAUUAAUGAUGAUGUACUGCAAUGAAUAAGGCUCUUAUUUUGGAGGUGCUAUAAAA